AUCUUUGAUGAGGGCAGAGCUCACGUUGCAUUGAAGACGAAACCUCGGGGAGGUCUGGAGCUGUCUUUCCUUCCCUCCCUACGCGGCGGCUCCUCCACUCUUGCUACCUGCGGGGAUCAGCGGACAGCAUCCUCUGGAGAGGCAAGGCUCCUUAACUACGUACCACUGACUUGCUGGCCCAGGCGCCCAGCAACCCCUAACCACUACCAUGGCCGAAGACGCAGACAUGCGCAAUGAGCUGGAGGAGAUGCAGAGGCGGGCUGACCAGCUGGCUGAUGAGUCCCUGGAAAGCACCCGCCGCAUGCUGCAGUUGGUUGAAGAGAGUAAAGAUGCUGGCAUCAGGACUUUGGUUAUGUUGGAUGAGCAAGGCGAACAACUCGAUCGUGUCGAAGAAGGCAUGAACCAUAUCAACCAAGACAUGAAGGAGGCCGAGAAAAAUUUAAAAGAUUUAGGCAAAUGCUGUGGCCUUUUCAUAUGUCCUUGUAACAAGCUUAAAUCCAGUGAUGCUUACAAAAAAGCCUGGGGCAAUAAUCAGGAUGGAGUAGUGGCCAGCCAGCCUGCCCGUGUGGUGGAUGAACGGGAGCAGAUGGCCAUCAGUGGUGGCUUCAUCCGCAGGGUAACAAAUGAUGCCCGGGAAAAUGAAAUGGAUGAGAAUCUGGAGCAGGUGAGCGGCAUCAUCGGGAACCUCCGUCAUAUGGCCCUGGACAUGGGCAACGAGAUUGACACCCAGAAUCGCCAGAUCGACAGGAUCAUGGAGAAGGCUGAUUCCAACAAAACCAGAAUUGAUGAAGCCAACCAACGUGCAACGAAGAUGCUGGGAAGUGGUUAAAUUUGCCCUUCUGCUGUGCUCUCCUCCAAAUGUUGUUGGACAAGAGAGCUCCUUUAUGCUUCUCUCGUGGUAUUACCUAGUAGGUCUUGCACACACACACACACACACACACACACACACACACACACACACACACACAUGAGUCAGUCACCCCCAUUGUAAAUGUCCUGUGUGGUAUGUCAGCUUCCCAAUGAUACCAUGUGUCUUUUGUUUCCUCUGGCUCUCUUUCUUUCCAAAGGUUGUACAUAGUGGUCAUCUGGUGGCUCUAAUUCUUAACUUAAGAUGUCUUGGGUCUCAUUUCUUUCUUUUUUUUCUCUCUCAGUGGUGUUUGCUGAAUGACAACAAUUUAGGAAUGCUCAAUGUGCUGUUGAUUUUCUCAAUACACAGUAUUGUUCUUGUAAAACUGUGACAUUCCACAGAGCUACUGCCAUGGUCCUUUCUUAGGCUGUCAGGCUCUGAAUCUCUCCAAAUGUGCUGUCUUUGGUUCCUCAUGGCUAUUCUUUGUCUUUAUGAUUUCAUAAUUAGACAAUGUGAAAUUACAUAACAGGCAUUGCACUAAAAGUGAUGUGAUUUAUGCAUUUAUGCAUGAGAACUAAAUAGACUUUUAGAAUCCUACUUAAACAAAAACUUUCCAUGACAGUAGCAUACUGACAAGAAAACACACACAACAGCAACAAUAACAAAGUAACAACUACGCAUGCUCAGUAUUGGAACACUGUCAAGAUUAAGUCAUACCAGCAAAACCUGCAGCUGUGUCACCUCCUUUCUGUCAACAUACAGACUUACUGAUCAUAAUCAUCCCUCUUUCUUUGUUUUCACACACACAGACACACACACACACACACACACACCACUACACAGACACACACACACACACAAAAUGGAUUUAACACACCAUUAAUCAUUUCUAGCAAAAUAUAUGUUUGGCUGAAGCUAUGUGAAACGGAUGUAAUAUAGGGUUUGUCGAAUGCUUUUGAAAGCUAUGUUUUGGAGACAAUACUCUUGCUAUGUGGAAAACGUGAAGAUCUUCUAAGUCUGGCUCUUGUUGGUCACCAUUUCCUUGUGGUUUGUCAUCAGUACAAUUCUUUGUUGCUUAAUCUAGAGCUAUGCACACCAAAUUGCUGAGAUGUUUAGUAGCUGAUAAAGAAACCUUUAAAAAUUAUAUAAAUGAAUGAAAUAUAGAUAAACUGUGAGAUAAAUAUCAUUACAGCAUGUAUAUUAAAUCCCUCCUGUCUCCUCUGUUGGUUUGUGAAGUGAUUUGACAUUUUGUAGCUAGUUUAAAGUUAUUAAAAAUUAUAGAUCCCA